AUGGAUACUACAGCUAUUUCCAUCACUACAAUGGUACCCGAAGUUUCUCUACCAUUAUCGAAUGUGACAUCCAAACACUUGAAUCUGGAUGAUAUAAAAAUGGAUUCAAAUUUUGCCAUGUUACUCUGCAGCUUGGUUUUCGCAGUUUCUUGGGCCAUAUACAUCACCUACUACAAUUCAAGAGUUGUGGGAUAUAUCAUUACUAAAGUAGCCAAUAAACUUUUCAUAGGAGAAGGUUACUUCAGAAUAGGUUCUCUGACUAUGAAUGCUCUAUCUGGAAAAAUUAUGUUCAGGGAUGUAGUGUACAUCACUAAUGACUAUACAAUAAGGGUGCAAGAUGGUUAUCUGAUUUUUCGCUGGUGGAGGUCAUAUGUUCCCAAAGAUGUCAGUGAGGAUCUAUCACAUUCAGACACUAGACUCUCUGUGAUGCUGAAUGUGUUUGAAUUACAUGUGUAUAAUAGAUCUGAGCUUUAUGCUAGAUUGGAAAAAGUGUUUGGGUUAGACUUGAAUAUAUUCCCCAAUAGGAAUGAGAAUGAGGCAGAUAUUGAAAGAAAUGAGAAUGAGGCACAAGUGGUAUUGAAGAAAUCUACAAAAAAGCAGAAACCAGAAGCAGUGAUGGCUAAAACAUGGCGUGAUUUGAUCCCUGUUAUAAAAUGUGAUGUGUCUUCAAGUAGAAUAGUUUUUGGGAAUCGUCUGAUUCCAACAACACUGAGUAUAACAUUUGAAGAGUCUCAUUUUGUAUAUUCAACAAAACCUGCAGUAUGUACUCUGGAUAGAUUCAUGCAUUUUGUGAAAUGUAAAGCUGAAAAUGUUAAGGUCAUGUUAGCACCCAGUAUGAAGUAUACAGGUAUGCUGGAUGAUCCUCCUAGAUACAUGGGUGAAGGUUUUGUACUGAUGUCUUCAAAUGACUUGGAAUUGUAUUUUUUCAUGGAUGAACCAGGUCUUGUACCUGAGGAACCAGUUUUGAUUACUCUAGCUAAUGGAGAAAUAGUUGAACCCAGCCCACCACAAUGGGGAGUUGAUAUCAAAUGUGGAAAAGGAACGGAUUUUAGUUACGGUCCAUGGGCCGAUAGACAACGUGAGCACCUGUUCAAAUUCUUUUAUCCUCCAGACUUCCUACCAAUGGAAGUCACCCAAGCCCCCAAACCAGGGGACAAAAGACAAAUGCAGUCUUUCGACGUCAGAUUGCUAAUGCAGACAGAAGCAACAAUUGAUAUUCUCUUCACAAAAGACAAAGAAACUAAUGCUGUGCAUGUCAAUGUUGGAGCUGGUAGUUAUUUGGAGGUAACAAUUCCUUGGGUUACCACUACUGAGGGUUACACUACGUCAAUUAAAGGACAGUUGCUCCAUCUUGAAGCUACCACUAGCUUGCAGUUCCGAGAUUUUGUAGAGAGUGAAACUCUAGAAUUUUGCAUAUUGUGCCAUUAUCCUCUCGUAUGGAAUGACCAUCAGUUGUGGGAGGUUAACCUGACUGGUUGUAAGGCUACGGUGAAUCUGAUUUUUUUCCACAAGUGGUUUUUCACAGAUUUGAUAAAUGACUGGGCCUCGAAACAACGGCCCGAUCUAAUCCACUUUGUUCCUUACACUUGGCGCUUUGGUUUGACACUGAAGCAUUGCGAACUGCUUACUCUAGUCAACCAAUACAACUGGAUAGACUGCAGCAGCGUCGGACAGCGCAGCAGACUCGAAAAUACCCAGUUGGCCCUUUGUGCACAUUUUCUACACCUGUCCUUUGACUUGCCAUUCGACGAAUUCCUACCGGAGACUGUACCCGUGAAUUUAGCCAUACAGGGGGAGAGUAUAGAUUUAAGUUUGUUCAUCCCAGAGUUUCAUACUAGUCGAAACAUUGUCAUGGCUUUGGAAAAAUAUGCCAAAGUGCUUUCAAAAGAUGGUUCUACAACGAGGAAGACUGAAGCUAUACCAAAAUGGAGAAAUGUUUGUUCAAGCAGUGCCGGUUGGGUGGACUUUUGGUGGGUCCCUAUCGGCGCCAUCAACAUUAUUUACACGUACCAUCCGAGCCCCCCUUUGGGGCCACAACCGCAGGCGGACAUCUCCACGCCUGUUAAAGAGGAGAUCUUACUGUCGCCCAUAAGGUUUCCUCAUCAACGGAAGGACAAGAAGAGAUCGCCCGAAGGCAACCAGAAGUUCGAUCCCACCACGUUGGCUGCCGAUACUGUGAAUGUGGAACUGGAGAUCGGACCUUCGGUGGUUCUCGUGUACGGGACUGCCUUGAGGAAUUUCUUGAAUUUCAAGGAAAACAUUUUCGGAGAAGACCAAUCUUUCACAGACAUGCAACAGGCCAUGAACCCUGACAGCAGCAGCACUGAUUUGAAAUCGGAAGACAGUAUCGCUCACAUACCCCUCGAGCUGAGGGAGGAUUUCGAUCACAGAUAUUACAGACCGUUGGAAGUGGACGUUUCCAUUAUUAUGCACGAUGUACAAGCACAUUUGCUCAAGAAUUGUACGGAAAAAGAUCCUCCUUGUCCAGUGGUGCUAGUAGAACGGGUUGGUUUCGAAAUGAAGAAGAGGUUUGAUCAAACUGAGCUACAACUGCUCAUCAGUCCAGCAAUACUAUUAGUUUCUGAUAACCUGAACCGAUCUUCGAGAGACAGACACUUGAAUCAGGGGAAACUCAGCCUAUCGUCUCUUCAGAUCCGUGGCCACGCCAUGUUCUCAGACGUGGGCCAAUCCCUCGAUCAAGACACAGUCGAGUACGCCUGGCUAGUUGAAAUCCAAAUGGGCAAGCUCAGCGGCAAACUGACCACGCCCCAAUUAUACUCGAUCCUCGCUUGUCUCGAGACCCUCAUCCUCCUAGUAGGCGACGACGAGAACGAACUCAACUCGCCCGCGGAUGAUGCUCUACUUACGCAGCCGGUGGUGAAGAAGAAGAACACGCAGGCGUUCCAGAAUGUGCACGUUCAGCAUGUGCAGCAAGCGAUACAGCAGCUGUUGCAGCCGAAGAAUGCUGCGAAUGCGGGCGGGAAGGCUGGGCAGGCCAGUGUGGGCAACGCUGCGCAGACUGUGGGCAGGUCAGGACAGACCAUCGGGGCCGGCAAGGCUGGGCAGGCAAGUGUGGGCAACCCUGGGCAGGCUGUCGGGGCGGGUCUGAAGUUGCCCAAGAAGGGGGGAUCGAUGAGGAGCGGGGGGGCGACGGGGGAUAACGGGGAGCAGUUGAGCGAGCACAAGUUGAAGUACAAGUUGUGCCGGGUGGCGGUAGAUGCGGUAGACUUCUGGUUGGUCGAGUCUGGGGCGGCGCUUCAGCUGUGGGUUUCGCCAAUUCGUCUGGCAAGUUGUAACCUGCACGGAAAACAAGUCAGUUCAGGCUUGAGCUGCAUAAUAUACAGCAUGUCUCUACGACAACUUGUUUGGCAUCCACAUAAGUACAAUCAUUCAAAGGGUAUCAUUGAUGCCGUCGACCCGUGGCUAGAAGUUGGUGCCAUCGACUUCGGCCCUGUAAUAAUCGAAUCGGCCAUCUCCACCGACUCCAAGGACCCCAAUCUUUUCGCCAAGCAGCAAAAGUUCCUGAAGAUGCACGACGAUCGCCUGAAGAAACUGUGGUUCUUGUGGCCAGACCAGAACAAGACGAGCGGCAAGUGCGGCUGCACGGGUGGUUGCUCGUUUUUCGGGGGCAACAAAAACGGGCCGAAGUUUUUCAAGCCCAGUAAAAUGGAUUUGGAUGAGGGCAUUAACGUAGCUGCUUUUCGGGUGAAUGACCCUGGCAAAGAUCCAGGUUUUGGACAGAGCAUUUUGCACGAAGGCAUGCUAAUAUUCCGCACUCCCCCAUACAUAGUUUCAGAAAUAACCCUUCAAGAUACGCAAAUGGGAGAAAGGCAUCCAAAAAAACCCAGCGAAAGCCCUAGAAUAGUUCAAACGGAAACGGAGAAGCCACUGGAAAAAGAAAACCAGCUCAGUAGUCCAAACGCACUGGCAGACAGAAAAGUGAACCGAAGAUUUUCUUCCACCUCCAUCAAGAGUAGCUUGCUCAGAGAAGUUCCAUACUCGAGACUUAUGGAAACCAGUCCAUCAAAUUUACCAUCAAAGUUGGAUAGCGACUCUAAACUACAAUGCGAUAAAAGUAAACUAUCUGUAGGGGAUGAUGCAUCUGAACUACUUCCCAAAAACAGUAUAUCUGACUCGAAAUUGGCAGUGGACUAUUUCAACACGCCAUUCACCGAGCUAAAAGAGCCAUUUUCUCUGAGUCAAAGUGGUCCUAGCAGUGAUAUUUCGGUAUCUCCGCAACCCAUAGCAAAGCCCUUCAACGCUUCAGAAUCGCACCAUUCGCUCGGCGCUUGUAUAAGUACCAGCGAAAGGUUGCAAAAAGAGGUACAAAGAACCACCUCCAUGUCCAGCGAGAAUCACUCGGAGGCGUUCUUUUCCGCAGACGAAGACGUCAAUCUGAACUCCAGGAGUUCCAGUCUCAGGAACUCCGUUUUGAGUUCUGGGGAUACGCUGGUGAGGCAGGAAAGCAGCAGCGUUCCACCACAGAGGAAGAAGUUCUCGAGUGAAUUGAGCAUUGUGACUGACAGAAGCAUUGCUCAUCCUUACAAAUCUUUGGGUCCUAUGGUGGCACCCGGUUCUGCCCCUGAGACACGCGGUUUGAGGUUGUCUACUCAUAGGAGUGACCAUCAGAUUCAUACUCCGGAACACAGGAGCUUUGUUACUAGAAAACUGGAUAUCCUCGAGGCGAAUCCCAAGCCGGACAAAGAAGAUCUACUGAAUGAUCCUCUAGCGGACACCUCCGACACUUACAGCAACAACAGCUACGUGUCGGCAGUGGGCAGUCAAGAGGACUUCACCCUCGUCGAUUUGCACAUGCAAGUCAACAGGCUGAUCGUCGAUUCGCCCAUGCUGAUGACCAGCUACGUGACGCACUUGACUCAGCUCAAGUGCACCAAUUGGGGCAACAGCGAGCGAGUCGAUCAGUUCUCUCAGCCUCUGUUCGAGAAGAACCACGAGGAUAAACUCGUCUAUGUCGGUGGUAGAUUCGUUCCCAACAUGGAGAAAAUCAGCGACGGCAUAACUUCGCUGAAAAUGAUGUCCAGAUCGGACACCAUGGGCAACAAGACGCCUACUUCGCCGUACAUGCACGUUUGGGACCGAGAAGAAGUGGAAAAUGAAUCGGGCACUUUCCAAGAGGAAGAACUGUUGAGCAGUCAAGCCGACGCCGGGUGCAGGACCACUGUCAUUGUCAAACUGAAGGGGGAUUUGGACGUUAUGAUCAGUCCGCUGCUUUUGGAGACGUUGCAAAGGUUCAUUGAUGCUCUGACACCAACAGUGGCGAAUUUGCACCCAUUGACGGUAAUAAAUCAUCUCCACACUUCUUGUAUCGGACAAGUCGAGUCCGCCAAUAUUCUGAAAACGACCGAAAAUGUUGCAAAAUUAUGUCAACCGCCAAGCGAAGAUGGCAAAGUCAAACCUCCUAGCGUAUACGAGGAAACUGUGAAAACACAGUUACAAGCUGCCGUAUACUUGCCAAAAGUUAAUGUAACUCUACUGCAAGUGUCAAUAGUCGAGGAAAUCAUAUCUUUCUCAGCACUAGACAACAUCAAGGACCUAACCUGUGUGUCUUUGUUUUCUGUAUGCUUCGACAAUAUUACAGCAAAAUUGCAUUGUGAUAAGCAGGCCAAAGAGGUGCUGCAAAAAUUCCUGCGACCGGCUGUAGUAAGAAGCGGCAGCAAAAAGGGCGCUAACCGCGCGAAAAUCCUUCUCGGCUUCCAGACCAACACCAACUCGGACGUCAUCCAGUGCGACCCUGUAUUCAUCGAGAGCUGCGAGAAGCAGCAGCAGCAGCUGGUGGUGUGCUUGAACAUCGGCAAGGCACACGCGCAGCUGCGCAGGCUGAGGAACGAGUGUUCGCUGUUGGACGAUGCGGUUAUUACGGCCAUUCCGAAUUACAAGUCGAAGGUGCUGUUCACGCCCACGAAAUUGGAAACGCAUUGUAGAGGGUCCGAGUAUUAUUUGCAAUCCCCGCCAGCUGAAAAUCAGACUUCGCUCGCAGAAGAGAUCAACGCAGAAGACAAGCUCGGCUUCAUAAUGUUCGAAUGCGGUCUAGAGGGGGUGGCACUCAAAGUGGUGAAAAAGUCCCAUUUCGAUGCUGAGUGCGAUAAUAAUCUAAACGGUAGCGCCACCGAUUCGUCCAAAUCGAGCGAACUGCUCAACAGCUCGGACAGGUCCAGUCACGUGACGCCGAAGUUGUCCGAGAGCAAGCUGCAACUGAAUUCGAAUCAGUCUAAAGAUAAACAACUUGGCCAAGGAGAUAGUUGUGUCAAAGCGGAAAAGGAUGGUGAGAAUAAGGAGAUCGUUGAACUGUCAAAAGACAACGGAAACGUGUCUUCGUGUAUUAUCGAAUUCAAAAUGGUUUGGUUCAACUUUGCUGCUCCUCCGAGAGCUCCGAUAACCAGAAAAAUCGAUUACACCAGGCUCGAUUGGAAUCUACUCAGUACAGCUUCUCCUGCUAUAAAUGCUUGGAUGAAUCCGAGCAACAGAUUGGCUAUUAGAGUAGUCCAUAUGGUCAGGACAAUGUACAGAAGAUCUACCGCCACAAUUGCAUGUCUGAUGGCAGAAGCUCUAGAAGGACAAAUAAUAACCCUAACGAAAAGCCGUUACGGAAAGUUGCGACCCUUAGCUCAAACUUUACAAGAAGAUCCUAGUCUGCAGUUGUGUUCCACCUUACAGAAGUAUUACUUGGGAGCAGAUCCGGCCUAUAUCGAGAUGAAUUUGAGAGAAUCGGAAAUUCCACAGCUGUUCACUCUGAGACAGGGUGUUAUUGUUUUGAGUCGGCAAUGGAAGAACACGUUGUACACCCCGCUGAUACCGCAGCAAUCGGUGAAAAGCCGUCUGAAACCGAUGAAUGUGACUAUCACAGUACCAGAUAUACAGGAGGAAACGUGCAUGACUGACGGUGAGGCGAGCGGCAAUGAGAACGAAGAGUCCGACAUUACCGACGAACAUGCUCGCUUACUUCACGCCGGUAUCAUUCUUAAGCCAAACGCACAUAGAAACAUGGUUGCUCCCAAGGAAAACCUCGGUGUUUUACACCACUCUCCUCGAAUGGCCGAUUUCGGGGACUCUCUGAGUCAUACCCCACAAGUGGCAGUCGUUUCAGGGGGUGUGGAAAGUGUAUUAACAUCCCCUAGUCCACCAGUGCCCCAUAGAAAGCGAAAAAAAAGCAUCCAACCCAUUCAACCCCCUAACAGUGGCAGAGCUAGUGUUGUCUUACCGCUUCUUACAAAUGCUAACCUCUUCACUGCUAAACGUGUGCAAGAUGAUAAUAUAUGUUAUGGUACCCUUCACGAGGACAAAACGGUAAUUAACCUAGGAUCUGAUCCUAGCGAUAUUUGUAGUCACUCUAGCCCAGAGUUGCCUUCUAGCCCCAGCCAUAGAAAUGUAGGCCGUAAUAAUUCCUCAGAGGAUUUAUACAGUUGGAUGGCAAAACAAGAUACUGUCAACUCAAAUUUGGAAGGAUGUUUGGAAUCGAAAAUAGACACCCUUCAUACAGAAUCAUCUGGAGAUCCUGGUACUCUUCCCAAAGAAGAAGUCUCACAACCUGGGGUACCUCUUUACCCCGUACAAGACUCUGUGAGGCUCUUAGACGCUAACCAGAUUUUUCAGCCCUUGUUGUCUGGUUUGGGAGUGAUGCCACAACAACUCAGGUUCACAACUAUGUCUGAUUCAAAUGCAGGAAAUGAUGUCACGACUCUGGACGCCUUAGGCACCAAUUUUUGUCUAGUGGGAAACAUGGAAACGAUGAGAAUUGACAUCGUCGUCUCGGAACAUGGUAAAACUGAGAAGAGAAAGAAUAAAAACAAAGGGAAAAGGUUAUUCGUCGAGAUCAACCAGGAUGAGUCUCCUGCCUUCGUUUGCGAGAAAGUAGCAGUGGAACUAGAACUCGAUCGAAUGACAGAUAUGGCAGUCAACGAGAUGAUGAAAACCAAAAAUGUACUGUACAUCUCGAGAGGUCAGCUCAAAAAUCACACUAGUACCGUGAUCAAUUUCACCAUAGGGGUGCGAUACAUUCAUCAGAGGGUGAACAUGCCGCUGCUGAGACUGUUGCAUCAAAUCAGCAACAUGUACCAAAACGUCAAAGAUACCCAAAACGAACUGCGGGAACAGCAACCUGUGGAAAUAAGACGGCCCAAAGGCAGUGCCAGUGAUCACAUGGACCUCAAACACCAUUCCUCAACAUCCGACAUACACUACGCCACCGCUGAAGCUUCAAACAAACUGAGUCUGAAAAUCUCUGAUCCUGGCUCGUAUUCUUCGCAACACAAACCUAUCAUCUCGCCAUCGCCCAGUAUACGCUCUCGCCCUCAGAGUUUCGCUCAGAAACUGCGCUCUACCGGCAAGACAGUCAAAGGUUAUGUCAACUUGAGCGAAGGGGUAGGCACCCCAUUGACAGUCUCCAGUCCCUCCAACUCCGCUCUGGAGCACAUCACAGUCUCUUCGGACAAGAGUUCCGGCAGAUGCUGGAAGACCAUCUUCUACCUGCUGGAAUUGUACGCCAAUAUGCCCGACACUAAGACCAUCAAGCACAGGUUCUCGGUGGGCACUAACGACAUAUCGGAGCAGUACAAAGGCAACCGGAAGUACGACAUUUUGACGGAAAUGCUGUCUAACGAGGAGUUGGAUAAGUCUGACAGCAACGUGCCUGGACAUGUCAAUAAGGAUGUCAAAACGAAAGGUUCAAACGAGCACACGAAGCUAGUCGUAUUCGGUGUUGCGAAAAUCCAUCGCACUAGAUUGCUGGCCACUCUCUCCGGCCUCAAACUCGAAGCCGAAAUCACCAGUCUGCAUUCCAGCCUCACGGUUCGCAAGAAAUCCACGCCGCAAAUCCUCGAGUGCUCCCUCACCGGUCAAAUCGGCCGAACGAUGAUAGUGCUCUUAGAGGGAGUCGCUCCUACGCUGCAAACGGUGGUCAAAGUGACUAUUGGAAAGUCGCAGGCUCUUUAUUCGAGCAUCACCAAGCGGCAGAAGGACAAGAAUUCGGGGCUGUUGACGAUUGGGGCGGUGAACAUGGACAUACCGCAACACCCGGUAGCUCUGCACGGGAUGGUCACUAGGGGCAGCAAGCAGCUGAGCUCGACGCUGCAGGAGCUGAGAGUCACGAGGACGUCGAGCAGGCUGUCGAGAUUUCCCACUGACGAGGACCAGCAAGGUUCGCCUAACCAUCCGACCAGGGAAGAGCCGGUGCUUAGCGCUGCUGUCAAUGAGAGCGCAGGCGCGGAUAAGGGGCUGUUGCAGCCUCUGGUUAUGCAGUUUUCUGUCAUAUUGCAGAGCUUAAGUAUAACGGCAGCUCUUCUACCGUCCUUACAAGCCCAAUAUAAAAUGGAUCAAGUCAACAGUACCGGUUUCACCGGCAGCAAAGCCAAAUUCACCAUCGAUCUACCACACCAUUCCCUAAGCUUCACCACAAAAUUGCCACAGGGAUACAAUCAAAACGAGAAAGCAGAAGCCAACCUACCCUCCGAGGCGAGCAUCGCUCUACCUGCCGUACACGUGGCAGCCGAGUACAUCCCCGAGAACGCCGCCGGCUGCCUCAGGGACGGCCACAGCGAGGGGGUGGUUUUCAGACAGGGGGGUUACCUGAACGCUAAUGCGGAUAUCGGGGUGUUCGAGCACAGCCUCACCACCGACUUGCUCAACCAUUUGGUGUUCGUCCAGAAGGUGUUCAUGAAGGAAGUGAACGAGGUCGUACAAAAAGUGUACGGCGGAGAAAGACCGGUACCGAUUUGGUUGGAAGAUACUGAGGAUCAAUCAGCCCUCAACCGAUUGCUCUUUUCUCUGGUCAUAAAAGUGCAGAGGAUCCAGCUGACAGCCACGACUGCCGGUAGUUCUGCAGUGCGUUUGGAAACGGGCGCCGUAGUUUUGGAAUUGUCCAAUAGGGUGCAGAACGUGUCGGGAUCGGCGCAGAGUAGUACCAGUGCUAGGCUCUUCGGCAAGGCUCAAGUCGAUUUGAACCUUUCGUUGGGACAGAUCAUAAGGAACGCUUUGUUCGAGGAAGCUGACAUCGAAUACCAACCAGUGGCGUUUUUCAAUACCAGGAUUGGACUGAGGAAUGCAUUUCAGGACGAACUCAUCGAGGGUGAAGACAAAGAGGUGGUCCUGAUCACCCUGAAGAGACCCCUAAUCUACAUCCAGCCCUCCGCCGUGGACAAGGCCAUCUUGGUAUGGCUCAACUACAAGAACGCCUACGACUAUUGGAAUGAGAAACGCGCCAAUCUGAACAAAGAAGUACUCAACGCCACCCAACAAGUCUACGAGAAGUUUCAGUUCGGGCAGCUGACCAGUCAGCUGGGCGGGCCCUAUCUGGGCACUCUGUUUCUGCAGCUUACUGUCGAGGAUAUGGGAAUUUGCUUGCCCUUGAAUCCUCUGCCGCUGGCCAAUUGGAGCCAGAGGAAUGUGUACGAGGAGAACAGGGGCGCUGUGGUCGUCACUUUGGAGAAUACCAGCAUUUCUGCUUGCAGCUCCGGUUCUUUGGUCAGCAAGGGUAAAUUUUCCAAUUUGUGCUUGCGAUUUGCGGAAGACUUCGAAAAUUCUUUGGACGAUUGGAAACCCGACAUGACCGAUUCUUCCAUCAUGAAUCUUUGCGUUGUGAGUGAUGGUACUUACGAAGUUUGUAGUCGUACUAUUGCAGCCAAACAAGCUAAUGAAAACGCGAAGUGGUUCUUGAACGUCCAAUGGCAAAUGGAGGGUGUGGACAUCCAUUUGGACACCAAUGUCGGCAAGCAACUGUCUGCUUUAGGGCACACCCUUACGAUGCUGACGGGCGUCGAAGAUGCUGCUAUCCGCUUGGAUUAUGACAGCGAUGACAACGAUCAAACGGAUGGCACGAGGGCUUCGCAGGAGAGCAUCCUGCCGGCCUUCAUGUUCGACCCCAACUUGGACAACAGGAGCAGAUCGAAGCUGAUCGAGAAGGAGAUGAACGAGCAGGCGAAGAUCAUCAACGAUCUGCGGUCUUUGGGCGCCUCGCACGGUACCAUCGAGAUGGAGAUGAAGCGGCUGCACGAACUCGAAACGAUGGUCUACAAGGAUUUCCGGAGAGACAUGAUACAGAAGUUACGUAGACAAAGCAUGAGAGCUUCUUCGAUCAAAGGGAAGUUUGGCUUGGGCUCAAAAUCCAGCACUUUCAGGUCCAAGUCGUUCGUAGUGCCCAGUCCAAUGCCAGAGGGUCGUGACAGGUCGAAAUCUUUAGUAGUAGUCCCUAGUACAAUUGCUGAAAUCGGUGGCAGCCCUGAACUGACCAAAGUUAGCCUAGAAACCAACGUAGUCAGCAGUUAUGAAAGCUCACCUAGACUGGGUCCAUCAAGAUCCGCAUCUUUGCGUGUCAAAACUGGCGACCACGGACCCAGAGUGACAUUCAGCGAUACCCAAACGAUGGGCAGGCAAAAAUCUCUGCCUAGCACUAGUUCAGACUUGAGCCUUCCUGAUACCCAAUUGGGUGAUUGGGUAGACCAAAUAGACGUUGACGGUGAGAAAGUAACGCUCAGGAAGAAACUACCAGCUUCCUAUGAGUCAGUGGAAGGGUCGUUCAUGGACUCGUUUCCUAUGGACCCUCCGCUAAGUUCAAGUCCCUACAAGGGCACAAAUUCUAACACAUCUCAAUCUACCAUGACCCAGAAAGCACAAGAGCCCAACAUCGAUCUAGAACUGGACGUGAAAGUGUUCAUCAAUAGCGGAAAGUGCGUUUUGCACACCAAAGACCCCAUACGAGAAGAAGAAGUCAAAAACAGUCGUAUGAGAAAAGAUCGCAGUUGUUCAGCUGGACUUUUGGAAUUUCCAUCGUCCUCUUCUAGUCCAGAUGCAGUGCGAAAAAAUAAGGAGAAGUUCCUGAACCAGAGUAGCUCUAAGCUGCGUGGCAAUCCUCACAAUUCUAUUUCUGACUUGACCAUCUUCCAUAUACCCGGAAUGGAUGUUAAAAUCCAGUACCAAUCCAAGGUCAUUAAGGAGGAUCCGGCCUUCGAUACUCCCCCGGACUUCGACAGGGCGUUCCAGUCACGGUCCGGACCGCGGGCCACUUCCGGGGACUCGGAGCAGAUGAGAAUCGACAGGGCGUUCAAGCGACAGGAGGUCGGUGGGGAUUAUUCGGACGAGUACGAGUUGAAGAGCUCGAGCUCGAUGCAGGGCAUCACGAAUCCGAAUUACGGGCACAGUCCGACCUCGAGCAAGACUAGCUUCGAUGAGCUGCAGUUCGGUAAUGUGACGCCUCCCAACGAGUCGCAAAAGACGUUUUCAGGUGGUAAUGUGUCAUUCGGCAAAAAAUCGGGCAUGAAGAAAGCUUCUUUGUUCGCAUGGAUGACACUCCAGAGUGUCCCAGAAGAAACAAUAAUCAGUCCGCAUAUUCUAGAAUUUUUAGAACAAACUCUCGAACCUAUUCCAGUCAAAGCACUCAGUGAUACAGGCUCAUCAUUGUUAUCUACAGACCAAGAUAUAAAUUACGGAAAUUACGUCUAUGCGAGUUUCCCAGUUGAUGUCAUCGUUUAUUUCCACAUGCAACCCAGUACUUUCAGAUUUAGUUGUUUGCCAGUUUCCAGAGUCGAAUGCCUAUUGCAACUGCCUUCUCUGGAUAUCGUUUUCAGUUCCAAAAGAGCAGAAGAUGAACUACUCUACAGUGAGUUUGGGGAUGAUGCUCCUAAUUCAGCAGCCACAGCCGUAGGAGGUUUGAGCGUCACCAGCUGCCUGUCAGACUUUUCCGUCUACGUUUUCCAUCCCUACGGGGGCAAAAAGUCCGCUCUCAAAGAGACCCAAUGGUCCCCUUUGGCGGACAGCGAACGCAAAGAUUCGCUUUCCAUCAACGUCGAGUUCGUUAAAUUCCAUUUGUCGCGCUCGAGAAUGCUGAAUUUCAAGCAGGAAACGACGAAAGGCAAAGGAGGCGAUCAGAGUCGAGCUGUCAUCAGAUUUUCGACGAUAAUCGACAUCGGUUCAGCCUCAUUCAAAUACGACAUGAGACGAUUAACGGAGAUCCUAGCGUUCCCCAAAGCCUGGUACAGACGGUCCAUCGUGCGCAGAAUGUUCCUGGGCGACCUCAGCUUGUCCGCCCCCUUCAACGAAGAAGAAGAAUCGCCCACGGGCUCCUAUGCCUCGCCGGGCAUGUCGAGAAGUCACGAACGGUCGAGCAAGUCGGAAAAGUCUCCUUUGUUGAGCAAGGAUCGCAUGAAGCUGAACUUGAACGAUCAGGGUAAGAUGAAGGACAUCGGGAAGAGUCUGAGUUCGGAUUCAGCGCAGGCUGACACUCCUAGUCCGUCUGAGCAGAAGAACCUGAGCGCUUGGGCUACUUUGGUGCUGUUUGCUGUCAAUUUCAAGAAGCUGAAUGUUCACAUGAAUAUGGGCAACGUAAUGGGGAAUGUCUCGUGGAUGACGAAAGAUUUUAGGAGCGAUGGAAGACUCAGUAUCGGCUCGACAGGACACAAGAAUCUUUACAUAGCUCUAGGCUUGGAUGGUUCAGGUUUAGAUGCGAAGGGAGGUAUUGUGGGUGGAAAUAUCGAAAUCGCCCAUAUCAACACUUACAUUCAUAUUCGAGAAGAGCCGAAUUUCGAACCAGACCACACAAUCAGUUUGAGACUGAAAGCCCUAGAGUUGAGAUUGGACUACAUGGCUACCUCGGUGUUGAUGUGCAGAGUCAGCGAUCUGAACGUGAAUUUGAGAGACGAAUGGAAACUGAACAAGGUCACAUCUAGGGAUUCCUUCAUGCCUACCAGAAGGCCGGCGAAUAUUUUCAUGCAUGGAGUACUGGGUUGGGACCAACUGCAAAUGAUGAUUUCGAAAUCAACGACCGCAGAUCUGUUGAAAAUGUUCAACAAACUGGAAGAAUUCUUCUCGCAGCAGUUCAAUAGCAGCAAGAGGGCGUUCAGUAGCUUCGCUGGGUCUGGCAGACCGCCCAGGGUCACCCCCCAAAAACUUCGCGAAGUGCAACCCACCCCGAACCCCUCCCAACUGUCCGAUGCCCGCCACCACCGCCACUGGCAGAAGGUGCUGCGGCAGAUCGCCGGCCUGCGCCUGCGCACUAUGCACGCUCCGCUGCCCUCGUUCGGCACUGUGCUGGGCGGUACCGUGGAACUGCAGGGCAACAACAUCUCGCUGGCCUGCUUCCACGGCAUCAAUUUCAAGAGCAAAUCGUGGGCGCUGUUCAGCCUCAAGGAGCCCUGUAUCAACUUCAAUACGGAGAGUCAGGAGAUACCGGCCGCUUCGUCGUCAGACAAUCGUCAAAACCAAGACGUUCAUGUAGUGCAAACCUUGACGUGCAGUUUGGGUUUGAGCACUUACAAAACCCACCUGUCUAUGGCUACUGUCUGCAAGGUGUCGAGGAGCGUUAUUUUCCCACCUCAGUUCAAGACUCUUCAAGAAUGGUUCCACUAUGCCUUCGCAAACAGUCAGAUUGACGAGGUGGAUAGAUUUCCAUCGUUGGAAAGGGAGAAAGAGAAAGGCGAGGGAUCGAUGGAGAGAUCUAGGGGUUCGACUAGCAGUCCAAAAAUGGAGGACCACAAUCACAAUCGAGAGGUCAUUUUCGCUUUGCCCAGCUUGCAACUUCAUUUGAAAACUGAGCAUUUGCAGACAGCAGCCGUGCCAGAUCUGUCAGGGGAGAAACCGACAAUCGAGUGUAGCUUUAUAACGGAAUUUGAGGAUCAUAUUUUCGUUACCGUGGAUGCGGAAGCGUUUUUCUUCUUGCACGAUUUGAUCACUUCCUAUGUCAAGGAAAAAGAAAGAGUGCUCGGAGGCAUCGAAAAAAGAUCGAACCCCGACGACAAGCCGAAACCGAUCGGCGAAACCCCGAAAAAGACCUCCAUAGACGUCGACAUCUUCGCCAAAGACUGGCGCAACUUCGCCUGCAAAACGUGGCACCUCGAACCGACCGUCCGCCUUUUGAGCGUCGCAGGCAAAUACAUCGAACCGUACGGCAUCGACUACAUCCUACAGAAACUCGGGUUUUCCCACGCCAGGACUACCAUCCCCAAGUGGAUGCAAAGGGGUUUCAUGGAUCCGUUGGACGCCAUCUUGGCCGUGCUGACCUUGAGGAUGGUGCAGGUGUUGAAAGGAGAUGGGAAUAAAGAGAAGGAGAAGGUCGUAGAAAUUAAGAAAUGA